AUGCCGUAUGCCAACCAACCUUCAGUACAUAUAACAGAACUAACCGACGAUAAUGUGAAAUUUGUGGUAGAAGAUACAGAAUUAAGCGUCGCAAAUAGCAUGCGGCGAGUGUUUAUCGCUGAAACUCCCACUAUGGCAAUAGAUUGGGUACAAUUAGAGGCAAAUUCAACAGUCCUCAGUGACGAGUUUCUCUCGCACCGUAUUGGGCUCAUUCCCCUUAUAUCUGAUGAUGUUGUCGAUAAAAUUCGAUACUCUCGAGAUUGCAUGUGCGCUGAUUUUUGUACAGAAUGCAGUGUGGAGUUUACCUUGGAUGUUAAAUGUACAGGUGAUCAGACCAGACAUGUUACAACUGCCGACUUAAAAUCAAGUGAUCCUCGUGUAGUACCGGUAACAUCGCGACAUAGAGAUGAAGACCAAGCAGAUUAUGGUGAGCUUGAUGAAAUUUUAAUUAUUAAAUUGAGAAAAGGACAAGAGUUGAAAUUACGAGCAUAUGCAAAAAAAGGAUUUGGUAAAGAGCAUGCUAAGUGGAAUCCCACUGCAGGUGUCUCUUUUGAAUAUGAUCCAGAUAAUGUCAUGAAACAUACAUUAUAUCCUAGACCAGAUGAAUGGCCUAAAAGUGAACACACAGAACUUGACGAAGAUCAAUAUGAGGCAGACUUUAACUGGGAGGCCAAACCUAACAAAUUUUUUUACAAUGUAGAAUCUUCCGGAGCCCUAAAGCCAGAAAAUAUAGUCCUUAUGGGUAUUGUAGUAUUAAAAAACAAAUUAUUGAAUUUACAAGUACAGCUUGCCCAGGAAACCCAGAAUGAUGCCUUAGCAAUUAAC